UCAUCACAAAUGCUCUAAUUAUCUCAUGGUUUCAAUUAAAAAAGUGUUAUUUACACAGAGCAAUGCAAGUACACAAGAAUUUGUUCACAAACUAGUAGGAAGAGAAUUAAAAACAUUUACAAAAAACAGGAAAGUAGAUUAUCAAUUGCUGAUCAUAUAUCGUUUCAAAAAACUACACAUACCAAAGCUCCCAAUGUUCGAUUUUCCUUCAGAAAUUACGCUUAAGGGGAUUUUUUUUCUCAAAAAACGUUGCAACAAUCUGACCUGGCUAGAGAGCCAUCCUAGUUCACGACAGAGAUCAGAGAAGAAAUCUGCAAGCAGAGUCGGCGGCUUCACUGUCUGGCAUCGAUGCGACGAUGCGUCCGGCGGCGUAUAAAAUUCUUGGAGGCAUCUACCUCAUCUCGACCACAAGCAGAGUCGGCGGCUUCGCUAUCUGGCUUCAAUGCGUACGGCGGCGUGAAAUUCCGGGUGGCAUCUACUUCAUCUCUACCUUUGUUCCCCCCGCUCAUCAAGUUGGUCUUGGUCGGAAAAUAUAUUCCGGCUGAAUAGAUAGGGAGAAUAUGUGGAGAUGAAUGUUUAGAUUUAAUUUUAGAGACAGAAAUGUCA